ACGCGUGCGAGACCGCCAUCCUUCUAGGGGGCAAUGUGCGGCAAGGGCGCAUGCGGGUCGCCCGCUUUAUGGGGCAAUGUGAAACAAGAACCCAGCUUCUUUACUUUCAAGACAAAAACAGAAAUACCUGGAAAAACUUAGCAGGUCUGGCAGCAUCGGCGGAGAAGAACAAAGUUGGCGUUUCGAGUCCUCAUGAAUCUUCAACAGAACUAACUUGUUCCCUUGUGGGAUUGUUCUUGGGAAGAACGAUUGUUGACGCCCUGGCCUGGAAACAAAUGGUCUUUGUAGUUCGGGGUGGAUGACUAUCUAUCUGACCAUCUACAUCAAUGACUUAGAUGAAGAGACACAGAGUGAUGUAUCAAGGUUUGCUGAUGAUACUACACCAAGCUGCGGGGAGGACACAGAGAGGCUGCAAAGAGAUAUAGGCUCUUCUGGGAGGACCUUGUUUGCCCGGGGACACAAUGGGAAUCGCCCCUGGAGAACCAGGAUGUGGGCUCACCCUACUUUAAGGGGGCAGCCUACACACAUUGCCUACAGGCAACCCCGCAGUUGGGUCACAAUCGCGACUCACCGGACAGGUUCUGUUGCCAUCGCGGCAUUCUGUUGCCGCGCCAACGGUAUGUUAGGCGGGUCCUCGUCUACCUCGACACUCCAAAGCUUCCCCGACGGCCUUCCCGAAAGGAGCGUUGUACCUCAUUUGCCAAUGGACAGUCAAGAGAAACCCAGUAUAGAAACCGAAUCAGUUCACAUCGGGUCAGAGCAUGUUGGCAUCGGAAAGGCGAGCUGGAUACAAUGGUUCUAUUUCUUGCACGUCCAGAAGAAAAAGUGGUUCAUCCUCCUAUCCUUCGUUUUCUGCUUCGUUCACUUUGGGAUCUUGUGCAAUGACAUCAUAGCUCACUCGGUUACAGAGUCCUUUCUAAGUUGGAGCCACGCAUUCACUGUUGCGCUGCUGAUGUCGCACGUGGCUAGUUUUUACUGGGCUAUUUUGGGAGCUAUUUACUCCAUGCAGGGUGGAGUCAAGCACCUUUACCUCCUCGCUCUAUCAUCGGCCGUUCUGAAUUUCUGGGUCUUCCUGGGACGAACCUUGUUCGAGUUGGAAAUCAUCAAGUUCAGGGAGGAGGUCUACUGAUCCGGAGUGGAGCCCUGGUUGAGCGAAGAGGCGUCCCCACACCUAUCUCUGCUAUCUCUCCACACCAGUUACACCCCCCCACCGGACAGCUGUCUCUUUUUACCAGCCGCGUCCAGACUGCACUGGUCCCCACACCCCGCAUAGCCGCGCCUGAAGGAUUAUUUAACAGCGGGUGUCUAUAAUAAAGUGCGUUUUAUUUUUUGAGAUCCU